GGACAGACUGGUUAUCCAUGGAUUGAUGCUUGUAUGAGGCAGUUGGUACAGGAGGGUUGGCUGCAUCAGGUGGGGCGGCAUGCUGUGUCUGUGUUUUUGACCAGAGGGGAUGCCUGGCAGCACUGGGAAAUGGGAUUAAAGGUUUUCUUCAAGUACCUGUUGGAUGCUGAUUGGUCAGUCUGUGCUGGCAAUUGGAUGUGGGUAUCGAGCUCUGCAUUUGAGAAGUGCCUGGACUGCCCCAAAUGUUUUCACCCAGUGCGCUAUGGCCAGAGGAUGGACCCUGUUGGAGAUUAUGUGAGACGGUAUGUGCCAGAGCUUUCCCAGUUCCCCCUGCGUUAUCUCUUCCACCCCUGGAGGGCGCCACUGGAGGUUCAGAAAAAAGCAGGUUGUAUCAUUGGCAAGGACUAUCCUGCACCAAUUGUGGAUCAUGCAGAAGCUGCCAUGAAAAAUGGAGAAAGGAUGUCUCUUGUCCGCGAAAAAUAUGCAAAACUUCCUGACAUUCCUCAUGUGAAGCCUUCUAAUGAUGAAGAAGUAUGGCGGAUUGCUUGGUUGCCGAGAAACUUGACCUCUGUCCCCUGUGUGUCCUCUGACAAAUGUGAUGCUUUGGAUAUUGGUGAGUAG